GAAGUGCGAGCUGCUGAGCGUCCGAGUCUCUGGCUCUGCGGUUCUGCUGGGACUCUGGGCCCGCGUUCCUGUCGCCGACUCCUGGGCUCGCGCGUCUGGUCGUCUCCCCCGGAGCGGAAGUGAUGGGGGACCCCAAGGAAGCAGGAGCCGAGGCUUCGCCUCCCCGGGCGGCCGCCCGAGGAGGGCUCAGCCUCCUGUCACAGGCGGAGUCCGAGGAACCUGCACAGGGAUCAGCUUUAUUUCUUGGAGGCAAUGAAGUAAAGAGCCGAGCUGUGGUGAAAUAUUCUUCUGCCCCUCCUCGAACAGCGUUUGCACGCCUCGAAGAAAAAACAGACUUGAAACUCCCACCUGCCAACUGGUUACGAGAGAGUGCCAAACUGGGGCCGGCAGGAACUACCAUUCUUGGCAAUAGUAAGAAAAGCAAGCCAUUUUCAAGUUUUGGCAUGGCGUAUGACUUCAUUGACUCAGUGGGAAAUGAUGUGGAUGUCGUCUCUGACUCAGAAAACAUAAAAAAGCUCCUGAAGAUUCCCUACAGCAAGUCCCACGUAAGCAUGGCUGUCCACCGCAUUGGAAGGACGCUCUUAUUAGAUGAGCUGGAUAUUCAAGAACUCUUUAUGAGGUCAUCUCAGACUGGUGAUUGGACGUGGUUGAAAGAGUUUUAUCAAAGACUGAUUGACCAGAAGUGGCAGAGGAAGAAGAAAAGUAAAGAGCACUGGUAUCAGAAGGCUAUUCUUUCCAAGUUCUUAUACUACAGCAUUAAUGGUGAUGGAGCCGCCCAGCCUGUCCCAUCUCCUGCAGAACAGCAAGAGUCAUCUAGUUCUGAUCAAACACAUGAUUCUGAAGGGGCUUCCUGGCCUGCUCCUUUUGAAAUGCCUUCUUCAGUGUCUGAAGACCCCAGUGCUUCCAGUCAGGGCAGGGAGCCUCUUGAGCCCUCAUGCAUAGUGGGGCAUGUGGCCUCAGCACCCAAAGAGCAAAACCUUACUACUUUGUUCAAUGACGGGGAGAACAGUCAGGGUCUUAAAAAUGAUUUUGUCCGGAAUAUUCUGUGGACUUUUGAAGAUAUCCAUAUGCUGGUUGGUUCUAACAUGCCUAUAUUUGGUGGUGGCAGAUACCCAGCAGUUAGCUUACGUCUCAGGGAUAACAACAAACCAAUUAAUGUGUUGACUGGAAUUGACUAUUGGUUGGACAACUUGAUCUGCAAUGUACCAGAGCUUGUGAUGUGCUUCCAUGUAAAUGGGAUUGUACAGAAAUAUGAAAUGAUAAAGACAGAAGAAAUUCCCAAUUUGGAAAACUCUAAUUUUUCUACUAAAGUCAUAAAAGACAUUGCACAAAAUAUUUUGUCAUUUCUAAAAUCAAAUUGUACCAAAGAAGGGCAUACCUACUGGCUAUUUAAAGCCAGUGGCAGUGAUAUUGUGAAGCUCUAUGACCUCACGACUCUCUGUGAAGAAACUGAAGACAAGUACCAGAACCCGUUCACAAUGCCAGUGGCCAUCCUCUUAUAUAAGGUUGCUUGUAACAUGAUGAUGAAGAAAAAUCAAAACAAGAAACACUAUGGGACUAUUAGAACAUUGCUGCUCAACUGUGUUAAAUUGCUGGACAAAAGCAGACAUCCUCAAAUUAUUGCUUCGGCCAACUACAUGCUUUCAGAGCUUUUCCAGUUGGAUGAGCCUAAAAAGGAAGAAAAUUCUGACUCCCCUUUAAAUGAGAACUCUGAUGAAAGCUACAGUGAAGAGGAAGAGGAGAUGCCCGAUAGUGAUGAGAACGGCUCCUACAGCACCAGCUCUGACCCGGCAGAUGAUAACAAGGCAGUGGCUAUAAUUAAAUCUGUUGGGGAACUGUCAGUACCAGAAAAAUACAAGUCAAUACAUCAAAUCAGACCCAGUUGUGCAUUUCCUGUUUGCCACGACACGGAAGAGCGCUGUCGGCUCGUACUUAGCUACGUGCUGGAGGGUUUGAAAUCUGUGGAUAGCAGCAUCAAAAAAGAAAGUGACCUUCCAGCAGCUGACCCCAGCACUCCUAUCCCCUUAAAAUAUGAAGAUGAAUCCACAAGGGGUAGUCCUGAGGGGCUGGAGAAGCAGAUGGCCUUGUUCCUGGACAAAAUGGGCUCCCUUCAGAAGGGCAAUUGUUCCGGGCAGUCUGGAAUGACCCCUGGUUCUUGGCAACAUAAAAUGAAACUUCAGCUGAUUCUCAAGUCGUCGAAGGCCUACUACAUUUUGUCUGAUGCUGCCAUGAGUCUUCAGAAGUACGGAAGAGCAUUGCGAUACAUUAAGCUAGCUCUACAGAGCCAUGAUACUUAUUGCUGCCUCUGCACCAACAUGCUGUCUGAAGUGCUGCUGUUUCUCUCUCAGUAUCUGACACUCUGCGGGGACAUCCAACUCAUGCUGGCCCAGAACGCAAAUAACAGAGCAGCACACCUUGAGGAGUUUAAUUACCAAACCAAAGAGGACCAGGAGAUCCUCCAUAGUCUCCACAGAGAAUCCAGCUGCCAGGGAUUUGCAUGGGCAACAGAUCUGUCUACAGACUUAGAAAGUCAACUUUCAGUUAGUUGUAAAUGUUACGAGGCUGCUAAUGAAAUCUUGCAAUUUAGUGACUUAAAAAGUCAGAAUCCUGAACACUAUGUACAAGUGUUGAAGAGAAUGGGAAACAUUAGAAAUGAAAUCGGUGUGUUUUACAUGAAUCAGGCUGCUGCACUGCAGGGUGAGCGAGUAGUGAGCAAAUCUGUGUCUGCUGCAGAGCAACAAUUGUGGAAAAAAAGCUUUUCUUGUUUUGAAAAGGGGAUUCACAACUUUGAGUCCAUUGACGAUGCUACAAAUGCUGCCCUUCUGCUAUGCAACACAGGAAGACUCAUGCGGGUCUGUGCACAGGCGCACUGUGGUGCAGAGGAUGAGUUCAAACGGGAGUUCUCUCCAGAAGAGGGAUUGUAUUACAGCAAGGCUGUCGAUUAUUAUUUGAAAGCUCUGAGGUCAUUGGGUACGAGAGACAUGCAUCCGGUUGUUUGGGAUUCUGUGAACUGGGAAUUGUCCACUACAUACUUUACCAUGGCAACUUUACAGCAAGAUUAUGCUCCAUUGUCCAGAAAAGCUCAGGAGCAGAUUGAGAAAGAAGUAAGCGAAGCUAUGAUGAAGUCCCUGAAACACUGCGAUGUUGACUCUGCGACUGCUCGGCAGCCCCUCUGUCAGUACCGAGCUGCGACCAUCCAUCACAGGCUGGCUUCCAUGUACCACAGCUGUCUGAGAAACCAGGUUGGUGAUGAGCACCUUAGGAAGCAGCACCGAGUACUGGCAGAUCUCCACUACAGCAAAGCUGCAAAGCUCUUCCAGCUUCUCAAAGAUGCUCCCUGUGAACUGCUUAGAGUGCAGUUAGAAAGGGUAGCAUUUGCAGAAUUUCAGAUGACCAGUCAGAAUAGCAAUGUUGGAAAGUUAAAAACAUUAUCUGGAGCGCUUGAUAUCAUGGUGAGAACUGAGCAUGCAUUCCAACUUAUCCGGAAGGAGCUUGUGGAGGAAUGUGACCAGCCUAAGAAUGAUGAAGCUACACCGGCUACUGAUUCUUCACCUAAUCUUAAUCGAGAAGAAGUGAUCAAACUCCUUAGUAUAUUUGAGUCUCGUCUGUCGUUCCUUCUCCUUCAAUCCAUCAAACUGCUGUCAUCAUCUAAAAGGAAAAUGAGCAGUAACACUGAGGAAGAUACAGUCCUCCAAACCAACAAGCAGAUUUACUCUCAGCUUUUGAGAGCAACUGCCAACAGAAACUCAACUCUGCUGGAAAGAAUUGAAGUCAUCAUCUGUUUGCUGGAACAGCUUGCCUCUGGGAGCAGCGGGUCAAGUGGCAGUGCUGUCCCCUGACCCAAAGUUGUACCUGAGGACUCUGUCAGUGCCUUCCCAACCCAGAGCUGUUCUGACUACUCGGUGCUGAGCAUUAUUAAAUAUGAGGAGAUGCCAUUUAAACAAGUCAACAGUGGAGACUCGUUUCCCACAGCAGGCAGAGGACGUGGGUAGCUUUGGCUUCUUCCUUUGAAGGUGAAAAACCAGAAUGGAACCAAAAGCUUCCCGGUGUAUUUCCUAGAAAAGUACAUGGUUCCACAGUGAUAGCAGACUUCCUAUGAUGAGAUUACACUUGCAGAUAGUCUUCAAGUAUGUUAAAACACCAGAUGGAAGAUGAGAUUAUUUGGGAUAAAAUGUUACUUUGGCUAAGAAAACUUUUAUCCAAGUGACUUUACGGGUUCAAAUGGCUAGUAGAAACUCUGCACAUCAGCAUUUCCUUCUAAAUUGCACAAAAAGUGUACCCUCUAAGCUGGAGUGCAGGAUUUUUCGAAGACUGGUAAUUGUGCAGGUCUCUAUUCAGUGCAUGCUCUGAAAGGACUCACUUUUCUUUGACUUAUGUGACAUUGGUAAAGAAUA